AUACUUGUGUGAAGCAUGUGGUUGCUAUGCAGAUGUAUGAAUUAUGUAAGCAUGAUGUGAAUGACUUACUAGAAAUAAAAAAUACAUCCAAAUAUAUUAAUUCUGUAGGUAUAGAAGAUAUUAUCAUGCAAUUACAGAAGAUUCCAGUGAAGACAUCUGCAGGUGCAACUGCUAUAUUGAAACAAGCAUGGUCCCAAAAAAGUUUUAGUGGUCUAAAAAAUACUGUUACUGUUGUUGUGGUGGAACUGACAGCUAUCUAUGACAAUGUUAUCCAUUCUACCAAAUCCUGGUUUACAUUUAUUGACAUGUCAUUGGAAAUACAGCUAGCUAAUUCUGAAGGCAAUCUAAUGGAUAACAUUUUAAGAACUUUGCAACUGGCACCAGGGCAUAAAGCUAUGAAUUCUGGUGAGGUUCAAUUUGUAAGGUUAUUCCAAGAUAUACUUGGUGGUAAUUGUUGUACUGCAGCUAUGUUGCACUUCUAUCCUGCAGUUGGCAUUUCUACCACAUCUAUGCUGUACAUAGCCAAGCAGUUAUCUUCCAUCAAAAACUACCCAAUAACAAACACAACAGUUGCUGAGAUUCUGUUGACGAGAUAUCUAACCAGAAUAAAUAAACUAGAGCAACAAAUCACUCAAUUAUCCACCCAAAGAGAACACAUAGCAGCAAAAAAAGCAGAUAAACAGCAGAACAUGAAAAACAAAGAUGAUUGGUUGACACAAAAAUACAAGUUGGAGAAUCAACUCAGAGUAUUACAAGAUAAACUGAAAGAAAUGGUCAAUUCAAAUUAUGACUUAUCAUUGAAAAGUAUCAGUGCUGAAGAAGAAAAGAUUGAGGUCUUAGUAUUAGAAAAUGAGGUAAUUGAGCUCCAAGCUGAAAAAGAAGAAUUGUCUGACAAGUAUGAAAUAAUCAACAGUAAACUAGUUGGGGUAAAAACUGGAAAAAAAGAUUUAUUAGAAGAACAGAAAAAACUUCAAACUAUGUAUAUGAAGGCAGUUGAAGAUACAAAAACUAAGGUUGAUAGUGUUUUUUGUGCACAGCAAGACAAAUGGGCACUGGAAAAAAAGUUGGUUGGUACAUCACAUCAAUAUGAAACUGAAAUACAUCAACUAAAAUUAGAAUAUGAAAUUGAACAGAAGGAAUUUGAGCGUGUAGCGAGUAGCCUUAGAAAGGACCUAGAUACAGCAAGACAUGCAGUAAGAACUGCACAACUUAGAAUAGCAGAACUUAGUACUAAACUGGUUCAGAUGACAAAUAAAUGCCAAGAGCUAGGAAGUCAGAAUAGCAGUCUACAGAAUAAAAUGAAGGAUUUAAAUGAGGAAUACAGGACAAAAUUAAUGAAAUAUAUUUGUGAUAUUGCUAACUAUGUUGAGAAUAAAGCUACAUCAGAACAACAUUUGAAGACAGUGAUGACUGGACAGGUAGAGUCUGGCAUUGAAGACUUGAAAAAAGCAUUUAAAUUAAGAGAACAGCAACUAAGUACAGCGGCCAAGACUUUUAAACAACAAACAGAGAAGGUUGCAGUAAGACAUGAAGAAUUAUUGGUAGCUUACAGAUAUUUGAGAGAACAGAUUUCUUCAAAGCACAUAGUUGAUAUUGAUUUAGGAUUGGAUGAGUACCACCUGUCACUGCCACUUCAUGAAUUGGAAUCAGAAAAUAGAAGAGAGAUAAAUAGAUUAAAAGAUGAAAUAGAGAAAGUCAAAGCGAUGAGUUCUGUGCCGCUGCCUCCAGCUGAAAGUAUUACUACUCAGAAUCAAGAUGAUUCAAGAUGGAGCAAUUUGAGAAGUCGACUCAGAGAAUUUACUUUGAAUACCCAGCAAGAAUUAGAAGCUGAGAGAGCAGCAUUAUUAACCAGAUGUUAUAUAGCAGAGCAGCAGUUAGAAGAAUGUCAUUAUUAUAUUGAAACCCAUCUUACAAGAUACAAAACUGAAAACAACCAUCUACGUAAACUGCUCAACAUGGAUGAUAUUGAUGAUGUCACUAGUUUACAAAUAGCAAUGAAACACAACAGAAAUAAACCUAAUAUUAAUCAAUAA